GUUUGAAACCAUGUGCUUCCAUCCAAAUGUUGAUCAGUUUGGGAACAUUUGCCCUUAUAUUCUUCAGGACAAAUGCUCUUCUGCUUAUGACCGCAAAACCAUUCUAUUGUCCAUUCAAAAUCUCUAAUCCCAAGAGUACCCUUAACAGCCAUGGUGCAAAACAAUGGUGCAAAACAAUGGAGCAAUAAAGAAGGUUGAAGAUUUAAUCCUGUCAUUUCCUGUAUCAUAUCUGAUCCUCAUUGCUGUUAUUUAUUGCGUUUGAAGAUUAAGUUUCAGAGUUUAAUGUUCCUAGGUUGAUAAUUGUUUAUUGACCUAAACGAGGUAUUAUGUACUAUGUAUAUGUAUUAAACUUUUAGGAAUUUGAUUAUUUGGAAAAGACACGUUGUAUUCAUAUACCAACUAUACAAUCUUAUUCUUGCACAGAAUUGCAACACAAGACUUUUUAUUGUAUAACUAUUGAAAUAAGCUUAACAGUUACGA